AUGCUACUUCUGUUUGAAAACUCUCACUACGCCCAUGUGUUCGAAACGCAGCUCGCCAACCACUCCACCGACAACAACAUUUGGACGUUUCCAGCAGCUGUGCUCUUCGCCACCACCACUAUCAUUCCAGUUGGUUAUGGCUAUGUUUGUCCGAGCUCCGAACUCGGUAAAAUACUAUUAAUAGUAUAUGGCAUCGUUGGAAUUCCACUAGCACUGGUUACGGUGGCAAAUACCGGUAAAUUUCUGAGCCGGAUUGUCUCUGUUUGGCUCAACGAGUCGAUGAGUAUGCCGACCGGUCUGUUCCUUUCACUGCUGUUUUUCUAUCCAAUUUUUGGAGGAUUGAUGUUCCAUAGCUAUGCUGAUUUGUCACUUCAAGACGCUAUAUACUUUAGCUUCACGUCGAUAUUCACAAUUGGAUUUGGUGAUCUAAUGAGUACGACUCUCGAAAAAAGCAGUGCUUGCCACAUAGAUUUCGACUCUUUGUGGAACCAUAAUCAAUUUGAGCCGAACGUCAAUGUUGUCUAUCUGGUGGUCUUCAUCAUCAUUGGUGUACUUCUGGUCACGAUCACCAUCGAUUUCAUCGUUGCCGAAGUCAUCGACCACGUCCACUACAUGGGACGACACGUCGGCAAAGCUCGGAUGAUUGCCAGCAAAAUGAUCAAGGUAGGCGCUACUCUUUCCUUGACCCAACACACAAAAAAUAGAUUUACCUUACAUGAGUUGUAA